UCGAUCCUUGGUGCGCCAGUGCCACCCGAAUUCCUGUAAACAGACUGGUGUCAGAACACUAUAAAUGCUGCCCUCGGACUUUAACGCGUAGUAACAGCUUUUGCGUCUGAUUUGCUUUUACUCUUUGGCUCCAAGAAAAACAGCAGAUUUACCAUGUCCUCCUUUUCUGGAAUCCUGAAAGACGCUGACGUCACUGCUGCUCUGCAGAGCGUCCAAGCUGCAGAAUCCUUCAAGUACAAGGACUUCUUUGCCAAGGCUGGCAUCUUAGGCAAAAGUGAUGACCAGGCAAAGACAAUGUUUGAAAUCCUCGACCAGGACAAAAGCGGCUUCAUUGAGGAAGACGAGUUGAAAAAGUUUCUGCAGAACUUCAGUUCCUCAGCCAGACUCCUGACUGAUGCAGAAACACAGGCCUUCCUCAAAGCAGGCGACACUGAUGGUGAUGGUAAAAUUGGAGUUGGUGAAUUCCAGAGUCUGGUAAAGAGUUAAACAAUGAAGUCAAAAGACCAAGAUUUUAAUUGUACUGUACAAAAUCUAUACUGAAAGCACAUUUGUUAUAUUUUAUACAGCGAAGUAACAUUAGUAAACUCUGUUAUUUAUGUUGAGGCAACAUUUUCAUAACACAUUAUGUGCUCCUUGUUUGACCUUUAUUGUUAGAUGUCUUAAAUAAAAGAGCAGCUUCAGAACACUUGCUGUACUUUGGAGCCAAAUAUACAGUGUCAAUAAAGUCAUUUUUAAAAUGAAAA